AAACGUGACCAAACUAUGGGCAACACAGGAAGGAUGCUCGGUGGGCCCGGCAAGUCGAGGGAGGGAGCGAUGGGAUCUCACGACUCGGCGGUGGUCGUGAGGCGGUGGCCGGCGAUUGGGGUGUUGGUCUUGACGUUGUCCUGGUGUUCGAUCCCGACGGCGCGCGGGGAAGCGGCGGAUGGAGAAGGUGGGGAUGGUAGCGCCGCCGAAGGAGGAGUGAGGGGAUGCCGACUUCUGCUAAGCGUCCAAGAAGCCAAGGGGAACGCCUCCUUCCGUUGCUCUCCCUCUGGUCUCUGCCUCCCCUGCCAGUACUCCGAGAAGAAUGAUGACAAAUAUCGCUGCAGUGAAACUGGCUAUCGGGUGCCUUUGAAAUGUGUACAAAUAAAAGAUGGAACAGAGGAGGCAAGUAGGCUCAGAACCCGAAGAAGCCUCUUAUACCUUCAAGAACAUGCAUCAGGAGUGCAAAAAAGACUGCUUAUUACGAUAAGUAACUACAAAUGGAGAAAACUGUUGGCCGAAUCAUCAAAAUUGGAGAACGAGGAAGAAAACUAUAUUACUUAUAGGAGCUGUGUGCCAGUUGAUAGCAAUGAGAAGUUGUCUGUCCUUGGUUUCGAGGUGAUCAUGUUGGGGUUGUUGCUUAUAAGUGGGUCAGUUGUGUACUUACGGCAAAAGCGUACUGCAUUCAUGUCAGGAGUUGCACGGAUGAGGGUAUCCACAAGCUCCCCUAGGUUCUGAUACACCGACAGAACAAGGAAUGAACAACAGUAUAUUCGUCCAAACAAGAGUAUGUUGUGAUUUGAUUGGACCCUUUUGACAUUCCUUUUUGCACUCUUUUGAUUCAUCGACGCUCAGGCCACUGUAUUUAUAUAUUAAGUUCACUAGCAAGCAAAGAGGCUUUCUUCGAUGCUUGCUGGUCACGUACAAUUUUCAGUUUGUAUUUCUCAAGAAACCUUUUUCGGUUGAGUUGUAGUUUUCUUUUUUAAAUGUCCAUAUAAUCAUUAUAUUUUUGUUAUUUUCCAUAA